GGCGAUGCAAGGUUUUUCAGAGAAAUAAUUCCCAGAUUAUUGCCCUGGUGGACCUGGGAGCCAAAGGAGGAGGCCGAAGGACACCCACAUUUCUGCGAGGUCUUGAACUUUGCUUGAGCUACCACCCCCGCCCCCAAAUCUCAAGAAAGAUCAGCUCCGGUUCCUCCUCCUCCAUGGAGCCCUCUCUGAUUGCUGCAGCCCACACAGGGGGGCCUGCCCAGAUGCCCGCUGUACCAACUGGCUUUGCCCACCCCAGCACCUGAAUCCCGGGGACAGAAGGAGCUUCAGAGAUGAUCCAAUGCCUUGAAUCCCAUACCUGCCAGGGCAUCCCAAUCACUUGGAGGGACUUUCAACAAACACAGACUCUUCUCAUGUACCCCAAGAUUCUGAUCUGGGGUCUUGGGAAGGGACCAGGAAUAGGCUCCCAUCAGUUCUCCACUCAGCCAGCCCACAGGCCACUGUUCGGAAACCACUCAUCACUCAGCAGUUUCCUGAUGCUCACAGGACCGGAGGUGAGGGUGUGGACGUGCGGUGCUGGCUGGCUGGCCGAUGCCGGCUAUGAGUUGGAGCCAGCAGCUACCCGAGACCAGAGACGGGUUUGGGAUGUCAACAGGGCUGCCAGUUAUCCUGUUACUAUACACAGGUGCACCUGAGCUGCAAACAAAGGAGUCUCUGUCAGAGGAGGGCUGCCUGGGACCACAGCAGAGCGGACUAACAGAGGGACCUGAUGGAGGAGCUGGUAGGGCUUCGUGAGGGCUCCUCGGGGAAUCCUGUGACACUUCAGGAGCUAUGGGGCCCGUGUCCCCGCAUCCGCCGAGGCAUCCGAGGUGGCCUCGAGUGGUUGAAGCAGAAGCUGUUCCGCAUGGGUGAGGACUGGUACUUCCUGAUGACCCUUGGGGUGCUCAUGGCCCUGAUCAGCUACACCAUGAGCUUCACUGUCGGGCGUGUGGUCCGAGCACACAAGUGGCUGUACCGGGAGAUUGGGGACAGCCACCUACUCCGGUAUCUCUCCUGGACCGUGUACCCUGUGGCCCUGGUCUCCUUCUCCUCAGGCUUUUCCCAGAGCAUCACGCCCUUCUCGGGAGGUUCUGGAAUUCCGGAGCUGAAGACCAUUCUGUCGGGCGUGGUCUUGGAGGACUACCUGGAUAUCAAGAACUUCGGGGCCAAGGUGGUGGGCCUCACCUGCACCCUGGCCACGGGCAGCACCAUCUUCCUGGGCAAAGUGGGCCCCUUCGUGCACCUGUCUGUGAUGAUCGCUGCCUACCUGGGCCGCAUGCGCACCAAGGCCAUUGGGGAGUCUGAGAACAAGAGCAAGCAGAAACGAAAUGCUGGUGGCGGCAGCGGCGGUGGGCGUGGCACAGUGUUCGCAGCGCCCUUCAGCGGCGUCCUGUUCAGCAUCGAGGUCAUGUCCCUCCACUUCUCGGUCUGGGAUUACUGGAGGGGCUUCUUCGCUGCCACCUGCCUUCGGUUUGGCUGGGGUAGGAGUGUGGUCCCUGAUCCCCACUCCCCUCCUUCCCCAGAGACCAUCACCUCCCUCUACAAGACCAGUUUCCGGGUAGAUGUCCCCUUUGACCUGCCAGAGAUCUUCUUUUUUGUGGCGCUGGGGGCCAUCUGUGGCAUCCUGAGCUGUGCUUACCUCUUCUGUCAGCGAACGUUCCUCAGCUUUGUCAAGACCAAUCGGGUCCUCUCCAAACUGCUGGCCACCAGCAAGCCUCUGUAUUCGGCUCUGGCGGCCUUGGUUCUCGCCUCCAUCACCUAUCCCCCUGGCGUGGGCCGCUUCAUGGCUUCUCGGCUGUCCUUGAGGGAGCAUCUGGACUCACUGUUCGACAAUAACUCGUGGGCGCUGAUGACCCGGAACUCAUCCCCACCCUGGCCCUCGGAGCCCGACCCACAGAACCUAUGGUUUGAAUGGUACCACCCGCGGUUCACCAUCUUUGGGACCCUCGCCUUCUUCCUGGUUAUGAAGUUCUGGAUGAUAAUUCUGGCCACCACAAUCCCCAUGCCCUCUGGGUACUUCAUGCCCAUAUUUAUCUUCGGAGCUGCCAUCGGGCGCCUCAUAGGGGAGGCCCUCUCUGUUGCCUUCCCAGAGGGCAUCGUGGCUGGAGGGGUCACCAACCCCAUCAUGCCUGGGGGGUAUGCCUUGGCAGGAGCUGCGGCUUUCUCAGGGGCUGUGACCCACACCAUCUCCACAGCAUUGCUGGCCUUCGAGCUGACUGGCCAGAUCGUGCACGCACUACCUGUGCUGAUGGCGGUGCUGGCGGCCAACGCCAUCGCCCAGAGUUUCCAGCCCUCCUUCUAUGACGGCACCAUCAUUGUCAAGAAACUGCCAUACCUUCCGUGGAUCCGGUGCCGAAAAAUCAGCUCUCACCAUGUAAUUGUGGAGCACUUCAUGAAUCGUACCAUCACCACGCUGGCCAAGGACACACCGCAGGAGGAGGUGGUCAAGGUCGUGACCGCCACAGACACUGCCGAGUACCCCCUGGUGGAGAGCACAGGGUCUCAGAUCCUGGUGGGUACCGUGCAAAGGGCACACCUGGUGCAGGCCCUCCAGGCUGAGCCAUCCUCCUGGGUUCCAGGACACCAGCAGUGUCUGCAGGACAUCUUGGCUGGGGGCUGCCCCGUGGAGCCAGUGACCCUGAAGCUGUCCCCGGAGACCUCCCUGCACCAGGCACACAACCUCUUCGAGCUGUUGAAACUUCAGUCCCUCUUCGUGACGUCUCAUGGCAGAGCUGUGGGCUUCGUGUCUUGGGUGGAGUUGAAGAAAGCAAUUUCCAACCUGACAAACCCUCCGGCCCCAAAGUGAGCCAGCCUGGCAAGAUGAAACAGGGCCCCUCAGCUGCCCUGGUGAAGGAGAUGGGGCAGAGACGCUGCCUCUCCCGCCUCCCCAUCAUAACGCACCCCUCCCCAUCAUAACGCACCCCUCCCCUCCAGCCCAGCUCAACUCCUCGGCGAAGUAGGCAGCUAAGCUAGCACUGAAGAGGCCCCAUAGUCACCACGUCCCAUUCUCCAUGAAACAAGUGCUACCUGCCUUGAAGGACAAAUCCCCUUCUGGACAGAACUCAGAAUGCAAGACAGCAGAAAACCAGCAUAUGGUGGGUGCUCCAUGAAAGAAUCAAAUUCACGAAUGAAGACAUUGGUAUAUUCUAUCGCCAAGGGCACGCAGAGAUGCCCUCUGAGGGUUGUAUGACUCCCAACCAGAGGCUCCUGAGAAAGAAUAAAGCUGAUUGCCAGA